AAAAACCGAAAGAGGGAUUGUUUGUUUACCAACAGGAACAGCAGAAGCGGACAGAACAAAUAAAAAUAACAGAAUAGCGGUCGAUAAUGCGACCUUAGUAAAAAAUUGUGAACAUAAAAUUACAAAUUAUCAGCCGUACAUCAGCGAUGAACAAGGGAAAAAUAACUUUUGGUAAAAUCCAACUGAAAACAGCACCCACUUCGUCAGAAAAUAAUGCUCCCGAAACAUCAACCUCUGGCUUUGGCUCAUUCGGCCGCAGCGAUGCACCAGCUGAACCAUCGUCCUCUUCCAACACCGAUAUUGAUCGCAUUUCCACCGACCUGGAGAACAGCCGCAUGCAGGAACUAAUGGGUAUUAGCGGCUUCGGUCGGAAGGCCAAACAGUUCGACAUCAAUGAAAUGAUACAGAAGGCCAAACAGAACGCACCGCGAGCGGAGUAUGACACCAAUGCCAUUCAACAAGACGCUUCCGAAUCGUCUGCCGGGGAGGAUAGCGAAUCCGACACGAUCGGACCGAUGCCGUCGUUGAUGACCAGUGCCGGUGGACAGGAAGAAUCUGGAAAGGUAAAGGGCAAAAAAGAACGCAAACAUAGGAGUGACAACGAUGACAGUGAUGACGACGAGGACGAUGAUGAUGAUGACGAUUUUGAUGAAGACGCUCCGAUAAAUAAGAUUCCAAACUCACACGAGGUUGAAAUGCGCCACGGUUCGAAGGCAAUUAUUUCACUUGCAGCGGACUCGUCCGGAGUACGGUUGGCUUCCGGAUCGGUAGAUUACAAUCUGAACUUUUGGGAUUUCUCCGGAAUGGACAAAUCAAUGAAAAGUUUUCGCACUUUGCAACCUUGCGAGAACCACCCGAUUAGGGACUUGCAUUAUUCCGGCACCGGAGACAUGAUUUUAGUGGUGUCCGGUAGUUCACAGGCCAAAGUUUUGGAUCGGGAUGGAUUUGAGAAGAUGGAGUGUGUUAAGGGAGAUCAGUACAUAACCGACAUGAUUAAAACGAAAGGGCACGUGGCCGGUUUAACUGGCGGCAGCUGGAAUUUCAUCAAUAAGGACGAGUUUCUAACCAGUGCGAUGGAUUCUACCCUCAGAACGUGGGUAUUUGCCAGAUCAAAGGAACAAAAAAAUGUAAUUAAAACUCGAGCCCAGGGCGGUUUGAAAACUAUUCCAACAACUUGCGCCUACAACAGGGACGCUACCCUCAUAGCUGCCGGGUGCAGUGAUGGAUCAAUCCAAACCUGGGACACCCGAAAAAUGUUUGUUAAUACGACGCAUUGCGUUCGAGAUGCACACACAAAAGGUAGUGACAUUUCCUCGGUUCUAUUCUCCUAUGCUGGCCAAGUCCUUGCCACAAGAUCAACCGAUGAAACAUUGAAACUAUGGGACAUGCGAGCUUUUAAAAAACCUCUACACGUAUUCGAGAACCUAUUCUCACGCUACGACACCACAGACUGCUGCUUCAGUCCAGAUGAUACUAUGAUCCUGACAGGAGAAUCCCUGCCGAAGGGACAAAAGUUGUCCAAUCUGUACUUUUUCAACACUAAAACCUUCGAAACCGUCACUAAAAUUCCAAUCACCGAUUCGCAUAUAAUCCGAACUCAUUGGCAUCCGAAGCUUAACCAGAUUUUCAUAGGCUGUGGCAACGGAAUCAUCCGCGGUCUGUACGACGAAAAGCGCAGUAUGCGUGGUGCGAAGCUGUGCGUCGUCAGAACCUACCGCAAGCGGAAGGACAUGGAAAUGGUGGGUGCCGCUCAAGUUAUCACUCCGCAUGCCCUGCCGAUGUUCCGCCAGGAAAAAUCACGUUCGCAUCGUAAAAAACUCGAAAAGGAUCGCCUCGAUCCGGUUAAAUCUAAACGACCAGAUCUGCCAAUCACAAGCGGUCAGGGCGGACGUGUGGCAAGCUCUGGAGGUACGCUUUCUUCUUACGUUAUCCGAAAUCUGGGUCUCAGUAAGCGAGUGGAAGACGAUCAAGAUCCUCGUGAAGCUAUUCUGAAGUACGCUAAGGAAGCAGCUGAAAAUCCCUACUGGAUUGCUCCGGCGUACAGCAAGACCCAACCGAAGCCGAUUUUCAACACUGAGGACGAACCGGACAGUAAGAAGCCAAAAACUGAAUGAAUAUGAAUUGAAUAAACACUAAAUUGAAAAUGUUUCUUUUGA